UCUUUCUUUAACUCUCAGACAGAAGCGCCAUUGAAGAAGAAGAAGACGACAGCUGAGUGAGCCCUUCCCUUCCCCCUCUGCUCCAACCUUACAAUUCCAUGGCUUCCAACUCCCAAGAUUCUAUCUUAUUACUGCUCAUUUCACUCCCUCUUUCCCUGACCUGACUGCCAUCUUCAGAUUCCUUCAUCCUCUCUCUCUCUCUCUCCACAUUUGGUAAACCCAAGGACUUCACUUCAGUCUCUUUCUCCUUCUUCUUCUUCCUCAAUCCUUCCAAUGAACUUGUUUUAGAACUCUAAAAGAUGCAGGAUCUGUUCAAACCAUGAACUCCAUUACCAGAAAUCUUGCUCUGUUUUGGAGCUUCGCUUUCUUCUUUCACUUUCUUCUUCAUUCUCCUUCUCUGGCGCUCAACGGCGAUGCCACCCUCUUGAUUUCUCUCAAGCGCUCCAUUCUCGGAGAUCCUUUGAAUGUUUUGGCUAAUUGGAAUUUCAAUGAUGAUACCCCCUGUUCUUGGCGUGGGGUCACCUGUACUGACCUUCAAACCGACGGUGGUGGCUGGACGGAUUUCCUCAGAGUCACUGCCCUGUCCCUCCCCGGCAGUCAGCUUCUGGGUUCCAUUCCGGAUGAGCUUGGAAGGAUUGAACAUCUUCGUCUUCUCGAUCUUUCUGGUAAUUUCUUUAAUGGGUCUUUGCCGGUUUCCAUUUUCAAUGCUUCGGAGCUUCAGAUUCUUUCUCUGUCGAAUAAUGUCAUCUCCGGGGAGUUGCCGGUGGCUAUUGGGGGUUUGAGGAGUCUUCAGGUUUUGAAUCUGUCUGAUAAUGCGUUGGCUGGGAAAGUGCCCAGAAAUCUCACUGCUCUGAGGCAUCUCACUGUGGUUUCUUUGAGGAGUAAUUACUUCACCGGAGAGAUUCCGGGGAAUUUCAGUUCGACGGAGGUUUUGGAUCUGUCGUCUAAUUUGCUUAAUGGGUCUCUGCCGGCGGAUUUUGGUGGGGAGAAACUGCGGUAUUUGAACUUCUCUUACAAUAAAAUUUCAAGUUCGAUUCCGGUGGAGUUCGCCAAGAAGAUUCCGGCGAAUGCGACAAUGGAUCUCUCUUUCAACAAUCUCACCGGAGUAAUUCCUCAGUCGAUUGCUCUGCUCAACCAGAAAACAGAGGCGUUCGCCGGAAAUGAAGAUCUCUGCGGGAAGCCAUUGAAGCAUCUCUGUUCGAUUCCUUCUUCACUCACAACUCCCCCAAAUGUUUCUGAUUCUUCAUCUUCUUCUCCAGCUAUCGCCGCCAUACCCAAAACAAUCGGCGCCAUUCCGGCAACACAGUCCCUCGGAGGUCCAGGGACACAAACUCCUCCGCCCCGUAACACCAUGAAACCCAUCACAAUAGCCGCAAUCGCCGUUGGAGACCUCGCCGGAGUCGCCAUUCUCGCCGUCGUGAUUCUCUACGUCUACCAUCACCAGAAACAAAAAAACCCCAAUUCCAAAACCCCUAAAUCCACCGUGAAGAAGCCGCCGAUUGGGUCACAACAAACCCUCCAAAGUAAUCAGAAAAAACCCUCGUCGGUGUUGUUCUGUUUACCCACCAAAGGCGAAGAGACAUCAGAGGCAACGAGUUCCUCCGACGGCGAAGAACAAAGAGACAAACCAAGCACAACCCACGACGGAGAGAACAGAGAGAGUAAGAAAAACGGCGUUCUCGUUACAGUAGACGUAGAAACAGAGCUCGAAUUGGAGACUCUGUUAAAGGCAUCAGCGUAUAUACUCGGUGCAAGCGGCGGAAGCAUUGUGUACAAGGCAGUGCUCGAGGACGGCACGGCAUUCGCCGUUCGAAGGAUCGGCGACAGCGGCAUUGAAAGCUUCAAAGAUUUCGAGACCCAAGUGAGAGCCAUUGCAAAGCUUCGACAUCAAAAUUUAGUAAAAAUUCGAGGAUUCUUCUGGGGAGAAGACGAGAAGCUCAUCAUCUACGACUAUGUCUCCAAUGGCUGCCUUGCAUCCUCCAUCCACAGAAAACCGAGUUCAUCGUCUUCUUCCCAGAGCCAUUUAUCAUUCGAAAUCCGACUAAAAAUGGCAAGAGGAAUCGCUCGAGGACUGACCUUCAUCCACGACAAGAAGCACGUCCAUGGCAAUCUAAAGCCGUCCAACAUCCUCCUCAACGCCGAUAUGGAGCCGUUAAUCACCGAUCUCGGCCUCGACAAGCUCCUAAUCAGCGGCUCCAAAAUCGCCCUUACCUCCGCCUCCACCCGAAACUUCGGCAGCCACAGAUCCACACCGAAUCGCGAGCACCAAGAGAGCAACGUCGGUAGCGCAAUUAGCGGCGGAAGCCCGGGCGUGAGCUUGGGAUCGGCAUACCAGGCGCCGGAAUCGCUGAGGAAUCUGAAACCGAGCCCUAAAUGGGACGUGUACUCGUUCGGAGUGAUCUUGCUGGAGAUUCUGAGCGGGAGAAUCGUGACGGAGAGGGAGGCGAAUCAAUGGAACGGCGGUGAUGAGGAAGUACGGAUGAAGAAGAUGAUCGAUUUGGUGAUCAGAGAGGAAGUGGAAGGGAAAGAGGAAGCGAUUAUGGGGAUCUUUAGAUUAGGGUUUAGGUGUGUUUGUUUCGUACCUCAGAAGAGACCAACCAUGAAAGAAGCUCUGCAACAACUUGAUAGAAUUUCUUCCUCCAUUUCUUCUUCACGCUAAUUCAUUUCACCGUGGAGCUUUGAUUUUCUUCUUAAUUCAUGUGUUUUGUUUUUGAAUUUAGGGUUUUUUUUAGGUAAAUUUAGUUUUGGAUGUAAAGUGUGUGAUCCAAACCUAAUUAAGCUGAUCAAAUUCUUACCAUCCUGUUUGUCAUGUAAA